AUGGCCUUGUGCUACGACAUCGGCUACGCCGAAAUGAGGAUUCCCAACCUGCUGGAGCACGAGACCAUGCCAGAAGUGAUCCAGCAAUCCUCCAGCUGGCUGCCCUUGCUGGCCAGAGAGUGUCAUCCAGACGCGAGGAUUUUCCUCUGCUCCCUCUUCGCACCAAUCUGCUUGGACAGGCUCAUCUACCCGUGUCGCAGCUUGUGCGAAGCCGUCAAGAGAAGCUGCGCGCCCGUCAUGGCUUGUUACGGCUACCCGUGGCCUGAAAUCCUCAACUGCAACAAGUUCCCUGCAGAUCAUGAGCUCUGCAUCUCCGCAGUCUCCACGGAUGAAACCUCCUCCAGCAGGAGAAUGCCCCGAGCCAGCUGCAAGGACUGCGAGCUCGAGGAGGCCAGCACUGCCAGGGAGAUCCUGGAAAACCUCUGUGCCAGCGAUUUCGCGGUGAAAAUCAGGAUCUUCAGGAAGAACACCACCACCACCGUGUCCGACUUCGACCUGGACCCGUCCCGGGUGGAGGUCCUGAAGCACGGCCCGCUGCUCCGAAGCGACAUUCCCGGGCGGCUCCAGCAGUGGCUGGACAUUGACGCCACCUGCGCUCACAACAUCAUGCGGGGCACCCACGCCGGGGUGUUCGUCGUAAGCGGGGAAGCGCAGAGCGACAAGGUCGUGGUGAACAAGGCCUACGCGUGGCACAAGAACAGGAACCUGCACCAGGCGGUGCGGAGGUGGAAGCAGCACCGCUGCCCCGAGCAGCCUGGCAGGAAGGUCUGAAAUCCCCCGGCCGGCAAUAAGAAACUGCUCCCUUCCCUGCAGCUAGAAAACUCCUUUCUCUGGCAGUCGGGGGUUUGGAGACGCACGGUCGAUAUUUUUAGGUGAUUCAAAGCAAUUCAUAGACAGCAUAAAGGGCCUCGCUACAGACCA